CCGGGCGCGCCCACCGCGCCGCUCCCCGGCGGCCGGCGCCCGCCGCCCCGCCUCCUGUCGCGCGCAGCUGGGCCGCCGUGGCCGACGGUGGCUGCGCAGCCUCCGCCUGUGGGCGCCGGAAGCCGGGCCGGCCGCGGGGCGGCCGCGCGACUGCGUCCUGGGAUGGCGCGCCAGGUGCCCAUCAGCUUCAAGGACUUGGCUGUGCGGUUCUCCGAGGAGGAGUGGCGGCUGCUGGAGGAGCGGCAGCGGGAGUUCUACCGAGACGUGAUGCGGGAAAACUACGAGACGCUGGUCUCCGUGGGGACAGAUGAGCUGCUUCCCCUUUCUGCUUUCCUGUCACCUACAGAGCCUGCAGGGGCCAUGGGAGGAGGGAGUCACAGUGAUGAGGGGCAGGAGCCUCCUACAAGGGGAAGCCCCCAGGGACAGCCCCGGCACAGCCUGCACCUCAACGCUCUGGUGCAGCUGGUGAAGGGGAUCCCAGAGUUCUUGUUCGGGGAAGUCAAGGACACUGAGGACAGCCCUGAGAGCAGGGGAACCAGCCUGGACCAGGAGAGAGCGAGCCCUGAGGCAAUCAUGGCAGUGGAGGUUUGCCCUCCCCAAGGUCUGCUCAGCUGCCUUCCGGACAGCCCUGUGUGCCGGCCCAGCCUGGCUGCUACACCUGCCAGCAGUUCAUCCUCCAGUAGUCCACCUGGGGACAGGGGACUGGGAAGGCCCCUCCUCAUCAAAACUGAUGACAAACCAUGGUCAACAGGAAGAGGAGGCCCAGGAACAACAGGUGAGGAGCUGAGCCCUCCCACCUGCAGCCCUGGCCAGAGGAAGAGUCACCAAACACAGGAGAAAGGAACCCCAGAGACUGGAAUCUCUCCUGGGAACAGCCCCUUGCAAGGCCUCAUCAACUGUCUGAAAGAAAUCCUUGUGCCUGGGCCCCAGAACCCUGAGGCAGCCCCAAACUUACUGCCUGCUGUCCCUCUCCUGGGCACCUCAAGGCCAGCCACAGUGGAGCUGGUGCCAGCAAGCCCACCCUGGCCAGUGAAGACUGAGUCACCUUCGGGGGAUCCUCCCCUCCAGGGUCUGCUGAACUGUCUGAAAGAGAUCCCAGAAGCCCAGGACAGACGCCCCAGCCCCUCAGGAGCAGGGGACCUGCAGCUGCAGGAGGAUCCAGGGGCCUUGAAGAGGAAUUCUGGAGGGCCCAGGUACCUCCAGACCCCUCCUGCCCACCCUGGUCCUGGAACUGGCAGCACAUUCGCUGUGGUCAAGGUGGAGGACAGCUGGUCCCAGAGCGCCCUGGGGCCUACAUCCUGCCCUCUCAGUAGGCAGGGCCGUGGCCUCUCUGCUGCUGGAGACACCAAAGGGAUCCGAACACCCUGCUGGGGCCCCACAGCUCAAGCCAGCAGGGCCUCUAGCUCACCACUGGCAGCUCUGGAGGCCUGUCUGAAAGGCAUUCCCCCAGGUGGGUCAUCACCACCCCGGAUACUGGCCACCUCUGGGUCCCAGAGGUCAGAGCUGCGGUCUCAAGGAUCGCACAGUGAAGAGACCACCAAGGAGCCACCUUUGCCUCUGGGCCUGCAGGGUUGUGUAAGAGAGGGUCUGGCUCAACCCCCAGGCCCCCAAGGCACCCCCACCAGCUUUUCCUCAGCCUGCAGCUCGGAUGGGGACCUGGAUUUUGGGAGUCCCAGCGGGAGCCAGGGACAGCGGCUUGGAAAAGGAUGCCUGCCAGGAAGCUCCCCGCUCCAGGGGCUAGAGAACUGUCUCAAAGAGCUGCCUGUACCCGGGCAGCGGCCUGCCUGGUCCUGCUCCUCAGCAGCAAACAAGGAGCCCAGGAGAGCGGAGCCUAAGAACUGGAUGGCAUACAAGGAAGGACUGAGGGACGAGGCCUCUGAGUCAUCCUGUCUCAGACAGGGUAGAGAAGUGCCCACCAGAACCUUGCACCUAGCCAGCCCGCAGGCAUCCACUUCCAGCUGCAUCCCCACCUGCCAUCAAGGGUUCAAAGAACAGGGGGCCAUUGGACCAGAGCCGUGGAAGUGGCUGCAAGAUGGGGCAGCCAGCAGGCCCUCCCCGCUGCACUGCCUGGAGACCUCUCUGAGAGGGAUCUUGCCUGUGAGGCCCUUGCGCUUUGCCUGCUUGGUUGGCCCCGGCCCCGGUCCCAGCCCCAGCCCAGGCUCCAGCUCAAGCCUCAGCAGCUCUGACGAAGAUGCACGGAUGGAGCCUGAGCUCUGGCGGCUGCCCCUCCAGGAGAAGGAGCACCUUCGCAGCUGCAAGCAUCCAGUCCCUCUGUCCCCUGGCCCUGGCAGGUCCCCCAGUGGCAACAGUAGCAACAGCCCUGGUGAAGGGUCAGAGAGAAGAGAGCUUGAGGACCACAGUGACCUUGGAGCAGGAAAAGCCAGAGAGGGGAUAGGAGACAAGUCCCAGUCACCCAGGAGAGAAGAGACUGCAGAGAGUGCCCACCCACCCAGCUCUCUCGGCAGUACCGCAGGAGGCAGAGAGGCAGCAGGGCAUCCCUGGCCUGCCCCUCGGCUGGACGAAAGGCCCAGGGGUGAUGAAGAAUCCAGAAGCCUGGAGCCAGGAUGUGGAAGGCACAGUGUUACAGCCAGGACCCAAAGGAAGCAGCUCCCCAGAGACCCACCUGAGCCACCCAGCAAGUCUCCCCCUCCAGCAGCUGUCUCACCGUUGUGGCCAGCCACCUCCCUACAGCCGCCAUGCUCCUGUGGGAGGCCCCUGCAACAGGAGCUGCACAGCCUUGGUGCUGCUCUCACGGAGAAGCUGGACCGACUGGCCACAGCCCUGGCAGGACUGGCUCAGGAAGUGGCCACUAUGAGGACCCAGGUGGAUCGACUGGGGAAGCGCCCCCAGGGUCCUGGGCCAAAGCGCCAGGCUUCCUGGCCCUGGUCACUCCCACGGGGACCUCGCUGGGCCAAUGGACUGGGUCACAGACACACACCCUACUGGAGGCAGAAGGGCCCCACCAGACCUAAACCAAAGAUCCUGCGGGUCCAAGCGGAAGGCUGCAGGACUGGUGACCCCCUGGGACUCUCCAGAGGGAAGGUCCAUCUGGUGCCCCCUGAUGCUCCCCCAGCAGAACCUUCCAGACCCAGACCCAGCCCAUCCCAGCAGCCCCCCUCCUUGGCACCCAACUGCCACACUGUGCUGACUGGACACCCCUUCCUCGGACAUCCUGGGUGCCACCAGGGCCCUCUCCCCACUUUUGUGCCUGCGGCCUUACCCCCCUGAUGACUCCUGCAACCAGUGUAGACAUGGAGCCACUGCCCGCAGGGCAGCGCCAGUCAGGGUUCCAGAGCAGGCGAGGAGCUGAGCAGCUGCUGGGGGAGCCCUCCAGGAACACGGCAAUGAGCGCAGCCCCGUGGGGCUGUCAG